AUGGGUCGCAGAAAAAUUGAAAUCAAAGCCAUCAAAGAUGAUCGCAACCGCUCAGUCACGUUCCUGAAGCGGAAAGGCGGUCUUUUCAAAAAGGCUCACGAGCUCUCCGUGCUUUGCUCUGUCGACGUCGCCGUCUUCAUCUUUGGUAGCAACAAGAAGCUGUACGAGUACUCUUCUGCCGACAUGCAUGAUCUCAUUACCCGCCACCAAUAUCAUGGCGGUGCAAACGAACACAAAGGUCCAAACGACUUUGCCGGUGGAGACGACGGCGACGACGACGAAGAUGGCGACGCGACGCCCCCAAGAGGUCACGAGGAGGCCCAGAUGAUGCCUCCGCAAUAUCACCCUCAACACGGCCAUUUCCCGCCCCAAAUACGCCACCACACCCCGACAGCUUCUCCUCCUGUUCCUAAUGGCGCGCCUUAUCCCAAUCACCAUGGCCACCAUCUGCCUCCCCGCGGCCACUCGCCACAUCCGCCCCCCAUGGGACGCCCCGAUUCGAGAAACGACGGCCGCCGCAUACCAUCGGGCAUGGUUCCUCCCCCGCCGCCCGGUACACAUCCUGGCAUCACUUACAUGCCUGCGCCUCCCAUCUACAACGGCCCUGCCGCGCCUGCGCAGCCCAUGAUGCACCCUCACGGUCCUCAGUAUUAUCCUCCGCACCCACAACACCCCCAGCACCCUCAGCACCCUCAGCACCCCCAGCACCCCCAUCAACCACCGCCUCCUCAAGCCUAUGGAGACGAUCGUCGCCCACCUCAACCACACCCUCAGCAACCUCAGCCAGCGUACACACCUCAGCCGCCGUCUCAACAGCCUCAACCGCAAUACCAGUCCCAACCACCCCCCCAAUCUAUGUCGAUGCCUCCACGUCCUGAUGUACAACAGCCAACGGCAAUGCCACAUCCUCCACCGCCAGAUCGCCGCCCUGCGGAUCCUCAGCCGCCGCCCUCGAGAGACGCCGCUCCGGAGACCGAUGCCCGACACCCGCCUUUACUCAAUACAGAUUCUGCUAUCAAGAAGCUUCCUCAACGCAGAUCGCACAGCAUUUUUACCCCCGUGGAGGAGAACCGAUCCAUUCUCGGACAACACUCCAAGUUGUUCAGCACGGAAGAAUCUACUAUCAAGGAAGAGCCUAAUAGUCGCUCGCAGUCUGUUGACGCGGGUGCUUCGAUCAAGACGUCGCCUCCGUUGUCACGCUGUCACAGCUCCAUGGACAAGUCGCGGAAUGUUUCCCUUCCCGACGUAGCAUUCGCGCCGCCGUCUCGGACGAACAGCCUGACAGGCGGCCCGUUAUCUGCCAGGCCCCGUGGCCCGAAGCUUACCGUGCAAAUCCCGGAUGGAGGAUCGGAGCAAAGCGGAAGUGCUGUUACUGCAGAAUCUAGCUCGCCGCGCAAUUCUACCGAGACCCCGACACAUACGCAGAGGCGACAUGGUUCCAUCGUCUUGCCGCCGCCAUCUCCGUCCGCUUCUUCGCUGUUGUCCGCAGGGGCCACUGGACCACCGAAUCCGUUCGCGAGGCCGCCGGUGAACCCCCAAGGAAUAGGGAAUGGUGCCCCUAACAAGAAUGAAACACCACAAUCUGCGCUACCAUCCAGGUACCUCAACGGCGAGUUUCUCCCUAGUCCAAGUAGCUUCUAUCCGGAGUGGAAUUACAAGGCGAGCGAUAGCAACACGCUCCCAAGUCCACUCAACUUUUCAACGCCCGUGGUGGGUUCCGGCCCUAGCUUCCUAUCCCAGGAUCACAACCAGUCGGCCCUUUCCUCGGCAUCGACGGCGGCAUCGUCAUCAAUGCCCACCGCAGCGGGCACUACCGACAGCCUCAAGUCGCGGGAAGCCAUGAAACGAAAGAGCGAAGGUUCCGCAACCUCGAGUACGAGCAGCCACGGCCCCCCAACUGAGCCCAAACGUGUCAAGGUUGAAUAA